UGGACUCCAUCAGCAGUGCCAAUCUUAGUUGUCUGUGACUGUAAAGGAAAAGGAGAGAGAGACUGUAGCCUACUAGAUAAUGGUAGCACACGUGGGACUUAUCUCUGUCGGCGUUUCUUUUCCUUCUCUGCCUUCUCUUCCUCGACUUGGCUUCACCAAACGCAGACCAUUUGCCAUGGCAGCUAUGAGUGAAGAUCCUAUCCAAGAAUGGAUUCUUACGGAAGGUAAGGCAACCCAGAUUACAAGGAUACGUCCUAUAGGUGGCGGUUGCAUCAAUCUUGCAAAUUGCUAUGACACUGAUGCUGGUUCUUUCUUUGUUAAAACAAACAGGAGUAUCGGUCCAUCUAUGUUUGAGGCAGAGGCUAUUGGUUUAGGUGCCAUGUACGAAACUGGAACAAUUCGUGUGCCUAAGCCAUUUAAGGUUGGACCCCUACGAAACAGCGGAUCAUACAUCAUUAUGGAAUUUAUUGAAUUUGGUGCAUCUCGAAGCAAUCAGUCUGAGUUAGGAAGGAAGCUAGCUGAAAUGCAUAAAGCUGGGAAAUCAGAAAAAGGCUUUGGUUUUCCUGUUGAUAAUACUAUUGGCAGUACUCCGCAGAUAAAUACUUGGUGCUCUGAUUGGAUUCAGUUUUAUGGAGAGCAUAGAUUAGGUUACCAGCUGAAGUUGGCACAGGACCAGUAUGGCGAUUCAACGAUAUACCAAAAAGGACAAAGACUUAUAAAGAACAUGGCGCCUCUUUUUGAAAACAUUUCUAUAGAGCCAUGCUUGUUGCAUGGAGACUUAUGGAGUGGGAAUAUCAGCUCUGACAAGAAUGGCGAGCCUGUUAUUCUCGAUCCUGCUUGUUACUAUGGACAUAGUGAGGCUGAAUUUGGAAUGUCAUGGUGCGCUGGCUUUGGAGGAUCUUUCUAUAGUUCUUACUUUGAGGUGAUGCCCAAACAACCAGGCUUUGAAAAGAGGAGAGAUCUUUAUCUGUUGUAUCAUUACUUAAAUCACUACAAUCUCUUCGGCUCUGGUUACCGCUCAUCUGCUAUGUCAAUAAUAGAUGACUAUCUGAGAAUGCUGAAAGUAUAGAAGAUAUCGAGACUGACAGUGCUUGUACACUUCUGUAUCUAGAAAUUUCAUGUGAGAAAGAUUAUCUUUGGAACAAGUUUUGUGGAUUUUGGUAUUAGGCAGAUCAAUAUACCCUUUUCUAUGAUGAAUGCUCUAUUCAAAAAAUGGUGCUGGUUUCCUGUGCGCACAUCUGUCUAGCAUAAGCAAGCUUGUAUUAUGAAUCUGAUCAUCCAAUUCCCCCAUCCUUAAGGCAAA